AUGGAUGAGCAUUGCGGUAAUGGUGCUAGUGAUCAACACUCUCCUUCCACGGUUAAUAGACAUGAUUCUCCUUCGUGGAAGCUUGACAUCAACCAUUUCCGGCCAUCAAAAUGUUCUUCUACCGAUAGUGAAUCGUCUACUCUACGUCGCUUACUCCCAACUUCAAAAAAACAAGGAAAAGUUCAAGCAUACUACAAAAAACAAGAAAGUCUCUUUGAAGGGUUCAGUGAGGUGGAAACAAUGAGCAAUUCAGGUUUUUUACCUGGAGCCUUAACUGAGGAUGAGAUGGAGAACCUUGCUCGAAAUGAGAGAAUGGCUAUAUAUGUGUCGAAUGUAGCUAAUUUGGUGCUUUUCAUUGCUAAAGUCUACGCCUCUAUUGAGAGCAGAUCGUUGGCGGUUAUGGCAUCAACGUUGGAUUCGUUUAUGGACCUGUUAUCUGGAUUUAUAUUAUGGUUUACUUCGGCUGCUAUGAGAAAACCUAACCAAUAUCGCUAUCCGAUCGGCAAGAAUCGUAUGCAACCCGUUGGUAUCGUUGUCUUCGCUUCAGUAAUGGCAACUCUCGGUUUUCAAAUAAUGCUAGAGUCUGCUAGGGAACUCAUAGCACAGACUCACCCUAGCAAGAAUCAUGAUAAUGAAAUGUGGGUGAUCGGAAUCAUGGUAUUUGUCACAGUCGUGAAAUUUGUUCUCAUGGUUUAUUGCCGAAGAUUUGAAAAUGAAAUAGUGAGAGCCUACGCUCAAGAUCAUUUCUUCGAUGUCAUCACAAAUUCCAUCGGGCUAGCAGCUACUGUUUUGGCCAUACAAUACAAAUGGUGGAUCGAUCCUGUUGGAGCAAUAAUUAUUGCGUUGUAUACCAUUAAUACGUGGGCAAAGACCGUAAUAGAGAAUGUAUGGAUGCUAAUAGGAAGAACGGCUCCUCCCGAGCUUUUGGCAAAAUUGACAUAUUUGGUUUGGAACCAUCACAAACAAAUACAAUAUAUUGAUACAGUUCGAGCAUACACAUUCGGGAGUCAUUACUUUGUGGAGGUAGAUAUAGUGUUGCACGCGGAUAUGGUACUAAGUGAGGCACACAAUAUUGGCGAAAUGUUGCAAGAAAAAAUAGAGCAAUUGUCAGAAGUAGAACGAGCUUUUGUUCAUGUCGAUUUUGAGUACACUCAUAGACCUGAACAUAAAGGAAAGGUUUGA